CCAGCAGCACACAGGUCAGGGGACCUAUGUGAUGGUGCAGUGGGGGUUAUAGUAAUAUUGUGAUGGUAGUUAUAAUAAUAAAAAAUAAUAGUGAUACUUCAGAGAAGGAUCCUAGGAAAAAGGAAAAAAUGAUGUGCCCUAGGCUCGGGCAACUACUGGACUGAAAGACUCAAGGGAUACUGAUCAUCUAGAAAUAGGAGGGCCUUUAUGUGAACCACCAGGGAGAACUGUUGGGUUCUGGCUCCUUUAUACUCAAGGGAGAAAACAGUUGGACCACCUAGGGCUUCUGUUGGGCAGAAAGGUGAUAGUUUCUUAGAUUAAAUGCUCACUCAGCUUUGCUGGCAGACAGUUCUUUACGGACCAGUUAGUACUGUGUUACAAAUUGCCAUGCAGAACAGUGUUUACAGUCAUGUUGGGUAGGAUGUGUGUGGUAUGACAGUUCAUUGGAACCAUUUGAUAAGUUAUGUCGUGUCAGCCGUAGUUCCUGUCCUCGGUGAACAUGUUAGGAGGAAGGACCUGCAAGUAUCACAAUACAAUGUGACAGACAGUAGCCAUGCAGAGGACAUGUGCUAACCUUACCCAGUCACAUGAAAGAGAAUGUUUACAAUAAGACCAAAGAGGAUGCAAGUCUUCGAAGAAGACUCAAGGCACUCUUUAAGGAUAUAUGGAGUAUAGAGUCAAGGACAGAAGAUAUUUCAAGGAGAGGAAGAAGUAUGUGCUGAAGUACAGCCAUGCUAGCUAUCAUAGGACUAGAGUUGUAGCCGGUACUGGAAUGUUGAGUGGCUGUUUUGGUUGACCAGGGGCUUAAGAGAUUGGCAUGAGUCUGAAAAUGGUGAUUAUAAACAAUUUCCAAGAGGAGUAGCAUAAACAAAUAUACCCCCGCAAGAGUCUAGCUGCUCCCAUGGAUUAGAGAAUGGGGUAGGUAGUGAGACAAGAGGGGCCACGAUGGCAGAGAGUGGAGAGGAAGCAUAAGAAUUGUGUGUGUGUGUGUGUGUGUGUGUGUGUGUGUGUGUGUGUGUGUGUGUUGGGAUGGAGAAGGGAUGGGUGGUGGUGUCCUUUAGCACAAGAAGGCAUUCAUUAAGGGGAAACAACAUUGGUUGGAAAUACGAGCUCAGCUUGGGACAGGCAUACUGUAUUUGAGAUGCCUGUGACAUGUUCACGUGGGCUUUUGAGUUUAUUGCAUAGGAAAGAGGACACGAAAGAUGAGUGGCUUUUACAAAGAAGGAAGCUGUUAGUGCAAAAUAACAAGUAGAGGACUAGGGAGACAGUUUAGACGGUGAAGCGCUUUCCUUGCAAGCAAGAGGACCUGCGUUCCAUCCCAGAACCCAUGUAAAUAAAACAUGGCGUGUAAUCCCCGUGCUUGGGAGGCAAGCCAAUUCCUGGAGCUCCUUGGUCAGCGAAGCUAGCCCACCAGAUAUAUUAGUGUGACCAUUGUUUUUAAUGGAAGAUGAUUGAAAGUGAAAACCUAAAUCGAGGUGAAAUCAUUAAAGAACUGUGUCUGUGCAAUGGCUUAACUUAUGAGAUCGUUGGACAGGAAGGAUCAGAUACUUCAAAACUGGAGAUGUUUUUCUCAGGGUAUCCCCGAAUAGUUGGAUUAUCAUUGUUUCAUAAUUUAUCAAGUCUUACAAUUGUUGCUCAAGAUAUAAGGGAAAUUUCAGGGUUGGAGACUUGCUUACAGCUUAAAGAACUUUGGAUUGCUGAAUGCUGCAUAGAGAAAAUUGAAGGCCUUCAAGGAUGUAGAAAUUUGGAAAAAUUAUAUUUAUAUUACAAUAAAAUUUCCAAAAUAGAAAAUUUAGAGAAGUUAAUAAAAUUGGAAGUUCUGUGGCUGAACCACAAUAUGAUAAAAAAUAUUGAGGGCUUGCAGACUUUGAAGAAUCUAAAAGACCUCAACCUUGCAGGAAACUUAGUCAGCAGCAUUGGUCGAUGUCUUGAUCCCAAUGAACAACUGGAAAAACUAAACCUUUCUGGAAAUCAAAUUACUUCCUUCAAGGACCUUACUAACUUGACCAAGCUCACUCGCUUAAAGGACUUGUGUCUGAACGACCCUCAGUAUAAGUCCAACCCCGUGUGUCAGCUGUGUAACUAUUCCACCCACGUGCUCUACCACUUGCCGUCUCUCCAACGACUCGACACGUUUGACGUAUCAGCAAAGCAAAUCAAGGAGCUGGCGGAUUCCACAGCAAUGAAAAAAAUAAUGUAUUAUAACAUGCGAAUAAAAACUGUUCAGAGACAUCUGAAUGAAGAACUUGAAAAACUAAAUGACAGAAAAUGCAAGUUACAGAAGCUACCCGAAGAACGGAUAAAAUUAUUCAACUUUGCAAAGAAAACGUUAGAACGGGAACUGGCUGAACUCAAGAUCUCUAGCAAAGGGCAGAGCGAUACAACGCCGGAGGCCGAGAAACCCCGGAAUAGUGAGGUUGUCACACAGGAAUCAGUUCUGCAGCAGAAGAUACUGACCAAGCUGAGCGCUCUGGAUGACAGAGUUACAUUCUGGAACAAGAAACUGCAUGAGAUUGAAGCGAUUUAUCGGACUGAAGUAAAACAGAAGAAGAAGACUCACGGCUUACUGACCCCGUUUCUGCUAACUGAGCUGGAGACUGUGGGCAAUAUCCAUUUUGAAGAAGGCACUCAGGCUGAUGACUGGUUUAACUCCUGCUGUGAACUAAUCCUGUCGCGUUUCUGCACCUGGGACUUCAGAGCGUACGGCAUCACGGGGGUGAAGGUGAAGCGGGUCAUUAAAGUCAACAACCGUAUUCUGAGGCUGAAGUUUGAAGAGAAAUUCCAAAAGUGUUUGGAUCUUGAAGACACACAAGAUCCGGAGAGUUACCGGAAGAUGCUGGAGUGCCUUUUCUACGUCUUUGAUCCCGAAGUGACUGUAAAGAAGAAGCAUCUGCUACAGAUACUUGAAAGGGGAUUCAAAGACAGCGACACAAGCAAGCCCUCUCUCAAAAAGGAAGCCGUCACUCUUGUGAACAGCCUCAGUAUGUGUGAGUGUCCCCGGAUAGAGUUCCUCCAGCAGAAAUACAAGGAGGAGAAGAAAGGCCCCUCAGAGAGUGAACUCUACAGACAUGGCACCAUCCUCAUUGCGAAGGUUUUUCUUGGCCAGAGUAUUCAGGCUCGUGACCAGGAGCCCAUCAAUAAAGCCAACUAUCCCAUGGUUAACUCGGUGUUUGUUCCUCAGAGACAUGUGCUAAGACAAAGAACUUGCGACUGUGGCUACCGGCAGUACAAAUGGUUUGUCUUCGACCAUGACCUCGUUUUGCCAGAGUACAUCGUUGAAUUUGAGUACACUACAGUGGUCAAAGUUCACUCUUUAUUUUCUACAUCAAACAACGUUAUUCUAGAGGAAGGCAAAAAGUAUUCUGAAGGAUUAGUAUUCUCACAGGAUUUGAAAUUUGAUGAUGAAGUUCUGAAGAUGGAACCCAGGAUUAAGCCCCGCCCAAAACUCAUUAGUUUGGAUGAGAAGACUAUAAUUUCCCUUGCUAAGACUAAUAUUUACAGCCAUAUUGUGAAUCUGAAUCUACACGGGAAUAGCUUGAGUAAACUGAGAGAUCUUGCCAAGCUAACUGGGCUUCGGAAGCUGAACAUUAGCUUCAAUGAGUUUACUUGCUUAGAUGAUGUGUACCACUUGUACAACCUUGAGUAUUUGGACGCCAGCCAUAACCAUGUGAUAACCCUAGAGGGAUUCAGAGGCCUGAUGAAACUGAAGCAUUUGGACUUGAGCUGGAACCAGCUGAAGAAGACUGGGGAAGAGAUCAAUGUGCUGUGCAAACACACCACCAGCCUUCUCACCCUUGACAUUCAGCACAACCCCUGGCAGAAGCCAGCCACAUUGAGGCUGAGUGUUAUUGGCAGACUAAAGACUCUUACACACUUAGACGGCCUCGUCAUUUCUGAAGAAGAAACCAGAGCAGCUCUGAAAUUCAUUAGUGGAACGAAGAUUACUCAGCUAACUCUCUUACAGCAUUCCAGUUCUAAAGAGGAAAGGCCUCGGAUGCUCAGUACAUGGCCCUCUGCCAAAAUCCUGACCCAGAUUUCCAAGCUGGGACCCCACUUUCACCUGACCGGGAACUGGUACUCAAAGAUAACUGCCUUAAAUUUAGAUGGACAACAUCUCUUUGAAAUCACAAAUCUAGAAAAAUUGGAGAAUUUGAAAUGGGCAUCGUUCAGCAAUAAUAACCUCUCCAAAAUGGAAGGCCUUGAGUCCUGUGUCAACCUGGAGGAGCUCACAUUAGACGGCAACUGCAUCUCAAAGAUAGAAGGCAUCACCAGGCUGACAAAGUUAAGCCGCCUCAGCAUGAACAACAACCUUCUCACGGGCCUGGAGAAGCACACGUUUGAUAACCUGCUUCACCUUCACUCCCUCUCUCUGGAGAACAACAGGAUCACAUCUCUGAGCGCGUUACAGAAGACCUUCACUCUGAUCGAGUUGUACAUAAGCAACAACUACAUAGCUGUGAACCAGGAGAUCUACAACUUAAAGGGUUUAUGCAACUUGGUCAUUCUAGACAUGUAUGGAAACAUUAUUAUAUGGAACCAAGAAAACUACCGGUUCUUUGUAAUAUUUCAUCUUCCAGAACUGAAAGCCUUGGAUGGAGUCUCAAUUGAGACAUCAGAGACAGAGACUGCAAAAGAUUUGUUUGGUGGACGGCUUACCUCUGACAUGAUUGCCGAACGACAAGGACACUCAAACUUUAUCCAAAUGCAAGAGCUAAACUGGACUUCAUCAGCCAUCAGGACCGUGGAUCUGAUUCCUGUCGACCACUUCAGGAAUGUGAGCAACGUGAAUCUCCAGAACAACAACCUCACCUCGUUCAGCGGCCUCAUCUACCUGCCCAACGUGAAGGUCUUAUGCCUCAACUACAAUCACAUUGAAUCAAUUAUGCCUAGACUAAAGCCUCAGACCCACUUAAGCAGCAGACAGCUGCUCUACCAGAAAGUGCCCUCAAGUGGCUACGGACAGCAAGGAACCUCAAAACUAAAUAGAGAUUCAGUAGGCAGUGAGAACUUGCCUCCAAUAAUGCAAAGUUUAGAGGUUCUGCAUUUGGGAUACAAUGGAAUUUGUAACUUAGUCCAGCUACAACUUAACAGACUGAGAAACUUAAAGUUCCUCUUUCUCCAGGGAAAUGAGAUCAGUCAGGUGGAAGGGCUGGACAACCUGAUCGUCCUCCAGGAGCUGGUCGUCGACCAUAACCGCAUCCGGGCCUUUAAUGACACCGCGUUUUCCAAGCCAAGUUCCCUGCUGAUGCUUCAUCUAGAGGAAAACAGGCUGCGAGAACUAAGCAAACUGCAGUCUUUGGUCAAACUGGAGAAACUCUUCCUAGGAUAUAACAAAAUCCAGGAUAUCACAGAACUGGAAAAACUUGAUGUUAUUCCUUCUCUCAGAGAGCUUACUGUCUAUGGCAAUCCAAUUUGUAGGAAAAUGGUUCAUCGACAUGUGCUCAUAUUCCGCCUGCCUAAUUUACAGAUGUUGGAUGGAAUUCCUAUAAAUUCUGAUGAUAGGGCAAAAGCUGAGUUUCAUUUCUCUGAACUACAAGCAAAAAAAAGUUCGAUAAUCCAGAAUAAUCUCCCUACUUCCAAGUCCUCACUUCCAUCACACCUGCAAACUCCUUUGCCAUGUAAGUUCGUUCCUGUUACCAACUCUACGGAUGGUGGGUCAUUCUGCCACGUUAAAGCCUCUCCCAUUAAAAUAACAAAUGUUCUUCUGCCUGCUGGAUUUAGCCGUUUCUUGGGACCUGACUUCACCUUAACUCCUGAAGUUGAAGGUAUUUUUACAAAGAGUUUCAGAGAGAAUGAAAAAACGAACAAGCAGCAGCAAUAAAAAACAAAGGGAAAAACCCUCAUUUAAAAGAGCCAUCUCAUUUGACGUCUAACCUUACUUCAAAGUGCAUGGUUUAGUUUGCGUCUUAGCAUUGUACAUUUUGUCAGGUUGUCUGUGGCCGUGCUGAUUUCAAAACUGUAUUUCUUUUUAAUUUAUUGAAUCACUUAUGGGUUGUGACUAACCUACUCUCAGUGUAAAAACGCAUUUCCUGACUUCUUUCAAAGAUUUUUUCACGCUUUCUGCAUGACAUCAUGAACAGCUCCCAAGACUAGUUCAGUGGUGAAUUCUGCUAAAAGUAGAAAUCAGAAAACUUAAAAUAUAACUGAAUCUUGUAGUCACAUAGAGUAUCUUCCAAAGAGACUGUUCGGUUCCCUCGGCAUGAUUAGCAAACUCGUGAAGCUAGCCUGAGGGAGGAGUUUGAAAGCCAGGGCUUUCAGGGAUGGGAAACACUCAAAGGAUAGGACAUAGAAAGUAUCUCAUUUAGUACAUUCAUUUUAAUUAGCGUUGAGUAGACACCUACUCCCUAAUUCCAGAUCCUUGCUUGCUCUGCUUUGGAACAGCUGGGGAUGGUGUUCCGGCUUGAGAGAGAAUCCUGCCCAUUCCUUUUAACGUCCUCCUUGUUCUAAAUCACCACAAUAGUUAUAAAAUAGUCCCAGAGCCCAUGAAGAGUAGGAGGUUAUUAUUUGUGUAGAUACACAGAGAAAAGCCUCUUCAAAGAAACCAGGCAUGAUUGAGAUGGCUCAACGACUGAGAGUACUGGGUGCCAAGCGUGAGGACCUGAGUUCAUCACCAGGACCCACAUGAUGGAGGGAGAAACCGUGCCUGAUCGUUGUUCUCUGGCCAUCACACACUCACUUUGUACUGCACCACCUAUACCCCUACCCCCCCAACCACUGUAGCCAUCCUACACACACACACACACACACACACACACACAAUAGACUCAGCAUAAUUUAUCAAUGUGGUAUUUAUCUUAGUUCUCAUGUUUCUAAUCAUAGUGAGGAUUAUUAUGGUUUUGUUCAAAAGAUUCAACUAUACACACAAUUGGAUCUGUCAAAUUGGUCUCAGUCUCCUGGAGAGAAAUAUGCUGUCUUUUGGGUGUUGGCAUGGUCUUCCUCCUUCUCUCCCCACCACUCUCUUCCUCUGAGUCCAGCUCUGCUCUCGUCUCUGUAACUUUCUUCUCAUGUGUAUCUUUCUUCAAGAUUUGUCAGCAGCUCUUUAGCUUUUCUGAAGAAAAAAAAAUCCUUACUUUGCUAUUCUCUGAUUCCACUGCUCCGAUUUUAGUUUGAAAAGUAUGGUCUUGUGUGUAUUCCUAUCCAGCACAUGGCUCUGGGCAUCUACAUUUUUAUGAACACCUACAAAGAACCAAAUUGAUUAGUUUGCAAAAAUGUAAGCUGUACGAAGAAUUGGCAAUAUAUGACAAUGUUAUGAGUUGUUGCUGUUGUCUUUCUUUGUGGGGGAGCAUCUUUGGUUUUUGAAGCAGUGUCUAGUUACAUACCUCCAACUAUCCUAGAAUUCACUCUGUGUCAGGCUGGCCUUGAACUCACAGAGAUCUAGCUAUCUGCUUCUUCCUCCCAAGUGCUAGGAUCAAAGGCAUGCACACUGUACCCAGCUUGUGUAUGUUUUUGAAGCAGCCUCUUGCUGUGGCCCCCAACCUCUCCACCCUCCUGGCUAGCUGUAUCUAAAUUCCCAACCUAAUUUUAUAUUUUUAUUUGAAAUUUGGAAUUGAUAUUGUAAAUCCCCUACAGCAUGCAUUGAGCUUGAGGGCAACUUAACUGUAUAAUGCUCAUUAUUAUUUUAUGUUAUAACUAUCUGAAUUCCUAAUUUCAGACAAAAAUAGCCAAGAAUAGAGGGAUUCUGAACAGCAAUCCUCAGAGGAGCCAUACAGAAAUAACUUUUCAGCGACAGCUUGAAGGGACAAUCUCUCUCCUCUCUUAUCACGUUAUACCAUUACGUCUCCAGCUGUACAAAUGCACCAGGUCCAUUAAGAUGAAGAAAGGCACAGCUGUCUGCAUGCCGUUAACAUUCUUCUCCACUUAAAAACUCUCCAGAUCUGCUAACGAUGUAUAAAAAGAGUGACUUUUUAUACUGCCACAGCUUGCUUUGCUUUCCAGCAAAAGGUCUUACCAUAGGACCUUCUUUCCCACAUGCAGGAAAUCUUUGUCAAACCUCAUAGAUUUGUAUAAUAAUUCCAAAAGUUUAAUAUGACAAAGUUAAACUGCGUUCCACAAGUAGGAAGUACUCACUAGUGAGAAAAGACACUAUUCUCACUAGUGGGAAUAAGGACAGAGCAGCCCUGGGUGCUUCCUCCCAACCCGCUGCACUCAUGCAGCCGGUCAUAUGGCUAAACUGCUGCACUCAUGCUGUGUGUCAUGUGGCUCACCCGCUGCACUCAUGCAGCCCGUCAUGCAGCUCACUUGUAUUCAACAGCAAAUAAACUCAACACUGAGACUGUGAAGGCAGAGACUUCUGUAAGCAUUCCAAGCUUUCUUUAAAUUUUCCUCUUACCUUGCCUCCAACGUUGAUCCCUCCCCAAGCCCAACUCAACCCCAAGUUUUUUAUUAACUAUGACAAGAACUAUUUUAUUAACAAUGGAAAAUGUCACAGUGUUAAAAAUGGAAGAUUACACUAUUUUACUCAUGAUGUUAAAUACCAAAACAGCUGAACCAUUUACAUUGGGUAGAAAUGCAUGUUAUUCACAUUCUGCUCCUAGGAAAUGAUGCUAUGACGAAGACACUUAAGCAUCUUAGCUUUCCAAAAGCUGCAACAGCAAUUAGUGGCAAAUAAAAUGUUUAUUGGACUUGGAUAAGUUUUAGACAAUUAGUUGUCCUCCAGAUGUGAUUUAGCCAAGAACCCAAUGGGACAUAUUACUUAUCUGCAUUUAUCACUCAUUAGAGGAAAGUAAUUCUUGUCAUAGGUGAAUAUGUAUAUAUUUGUUGUAAUAAAUUCAAAUCAGCUAAUGGACUCUAUAACCCUUUGGGAAAUUAAAAAUCUCUAGGUAAAAUACUUGAAAUAUAAACUGAUUGCUGAUUUGUGCUCUAAUAGAAAUUGGAUGUGUACACAAACCUGAAAACUUCAAAGCUACAUUUUACAUUUGUAGAAUAUAAUUUAUAAUAUGUUCAUUUAAAUGGCUCUUUCUAUACACACAAAGAGAGGAGAAAAUUACACUAUAUUUUUCACACCAAAACCACCAUUAUUUCUGGAUAGAAUCCUCUAAGUGUGUUAUAUGUGGCAUAUAUUCCCAUGUGAAAUAUACACAAAUGAAUAAGCAUACACAUAAUUUUUCAAAUGAGAUUCAGUAGCACUCAGAAUUCAAGAUGUCUCAGACUCGGCUAUUUAGUAACUGCUCAUGAGUCUGAUAACGACCACUAGAACCCAAACCAUAUACCAUCCUGACCAUUUUUCCUACCACUUUAAUUUAUUCCCAAUGUUGCUACAACUUCUCUUCAAUGUGCUCCAUUUUCUUUAGGGGGAAAAGAAAUGCUUCCAAAGUGCUUUAAAUGCAGCCUCGGCAGCUACACUGACCCCUCUCUGUAAUCAGUUGUUUUGGUGACUCUUUAGGCUGACAUGAUUCCUAAAUGGUCAUGAAAUUCUUCCCUUCAUGCUGUCUUUGGGGACCUUAAUGUAUAUCCAGCACAGAAGUCACUUACCACAGGGUCUUUCCCAGUUAUCCGAAUCAUUGAGCGGCCGUUAUAUGACUCAUACCUACCUUGUCUCUUACAGAAUUCGUGGGAGUAACUUUCUAACAUCAAAUCAGAUGUAACUACCUAAAAUUAAGCGAGCAGUCAUGCAGAAACCAGCAGACAGCAGGCAGUGACAUCACUAACAUGGCUGAGACGCUUCGCUUCAGCUCUGUGUGAAGAUGUCACCCUUGAUUAAUCUGACUUAAUCCGUGAUCUGAAAUUUUAUAGUUAUUUUGAUCAUUCCCCCAGUUUUUAUAUUGUAACAGUCAUGAACUACUU